AUGUCAGAUAGAGUAAUUUUAUGGAUUAAAGAGCUUCAAGAUUAUUUAAAAGAUCUAUAUAAAUUAUUUGGAGAUGAAUUAGCUGAUGCUGAACAUGAAUUAAGUAUAACAGAUUUAAAAAAUUUUCAUGAAUCAUUACAUACUAGAAUAGAAAAUGCAUUAAAUAGUUUUAUUAAAUGGAUGGAAACUUGGGUUCACUUGCCUUUAUAUGUUUGUUAUUUAAGUAGUGAAAGUGAAACUGAAUUCGCUUAUUUGUCUAAAGGACAUCCAACCACUUUCAGAUUAUUAGAAAUGUUAUUACAGCAUGACUUUUUGAAGCAUUUAUGGAUUCUAAUAUAG